GAUGUGGAUGAUAACAUGAUAAGGCACAGCAGGAGAUCACAUAUGGCAGAGCGCAGCACAGUUGCAAAGACUUGUCACCUGUUCGGGAUGUGGGAUGCUAUAUUUGAGUGCAAAAAAUGGACACUGCGAGUGUCACGAAUCACGAUAGGCGCCGGGUGACCAUGUACCGACCGUUGCUUUGGUUCUGACUUACUCAGUUAAGCACCGAUGAAGUUU